ACUAUUCCCCCUUACGACGCUGGGUGGGGAUAUUGCCCACGGACCUGCAGGUUCCGCAGCUCACCCCGAGUUUGCAGGCACAGGGAGACAAAAAAAAGAAAAGCCGUAGGAGCUACUCGGGAAGAGCUGCUCGGCUCGGAGCUGCGGUGCUCGGAGGUUUUCAAUCCCACAAACCCGGGAUUCCUGACAAACACCUCUCUGCCUCGGACGCUACUUAGAAAUGCUAGGAAUCAGGGAGGACGGUGGAUGGCUUUUCUGGAGAGUAAUGGCGUGCGGGAUACGGAACAGAGACAGCAAGAGGCAAGUGAUCUUGUUUUUUCUGUGCGUUUGCGUGUCUCAGAGCGCGGCCGAAACCCUCCGCUAUUCUCUGUCGGAGGAAAUGGAGAAAGACUCCUUUGUCGCCAAUAUUGCAAAGGACCUGGGGGUUUCUCCGAGCCAGCUCAUGGCUCGCAACGCCCGGGUUGUGUCGGAGGGGAACGAGCAGCUUUUCCUCCUUAAUCAAAACACCGGAGUCCUGACUGCAAAGGAAUCUCUGGACCGAGAGGAGAUCUGUCCGCAGAGGGACAUCUGCACGCUUGUCUUUAAGAUAUUCCUUGAAAAUCCGCUGCAGCUGAUCCGAGGGGAGGUGGAGAUUCGUGACGUGAACGACAACUCCCCCGUGUUCCCCGAGAAGGAGAUGGUUUUAGAGAUUCUGGAAACGGCAUCCCCUGGGUCCCGUUUCCCUCUGGAAAGCGCCCAAGACCAGGACGUGGGCAGUAACGGUUUGCAGAACUACAGCCUUGGAUCAAAUUUACAUUUUUCCCUCGCUCUGGAAACAGGGACAAAUGGAAUGAAAUAUGCUGAGCUCGUCCUACAGCAGCAGCUGGACCGCGAAGAGCAGCGAGAGAUGAAUUUACUUAUCACUGCCAUCGACGGGGGUUCGCCACCCAGGUCAGGGACUGCUCAGGUCCGGAUCGUGGUGGUGGAUGCCAAUGACAACACCCCGGUAUUCACUCGGGAGGUCUACGAGGUGCGCGUGGCCGAGAACAGCCCUCCGGAGCAGCUGGUGGUCAGAGUGACGGCCGCUGAUCCCGACGAAGGGUCCUACGGAAAAGUGCGGUACGCCUUCACUCAGACACCGGAGCGGUCCCGGCAGCUCUUUGAGCUGAACCCCGCCACAGGGGAGAUAAGGGUGGCGGGCAACCUGGAUUUCGAGGAAGCGAAAACCCACGAGAUGGUGGUAAAAGCCACUGACGGUGGGGGGCUGUCGGCGCAUUGCAAAGUGCAGGUGGAAAUCCUGGACAUGAAUGACAACGCUCCGGAGAUUGCGCUCACCUCCCUCACAGCCUCCAUCGCUGAGGCCGCUCCACCCCGCACCGUGGUGGCCCUGUUCAGUGUGCAGGACCGGGACUCCGGGAACAACGGCAGGACAGAGUGUUCGAUCGACGGGGACUUGCCCUUCAGUCUCACCCCAACUUUUGAUAAUUACUACGAACUGAGAACAAACGCGGCCCUGGACAGGGAGAGGACAGCGGAAUACAACAUCACCAUCACAGCCACGGACUGGGGCACGACGCGGCUCAGCUCCAGGGAAAACCUCUUUGUACAGAUAUUGGACGUGAACGACAAUUCCCCAGAGUUCACCCAGGAGGUUUACACCAUGUGGGUCACGGAGAACAACAGCCCCAUGCUCCGGAUAGGCAGCGUGAACGCCACGGACGCCGACGCUGGAAGCAACGCCCGCAUAAACUACGCGCUGUUGCGGCAGGAAGGCAAGGACGAGCCCGUCGUGUCGGUCAACUCUGAAAAUGGAGAUAUUUAUGUCCUCCGCCCGAUGGACUACGAGGAGGUGCGCGCCUUCGAGGUGGCUGUACGAGCUACCGACGGCGGCUCGCCGCCGCUCAGCGCCCAGACGGUGCUGCGAGUAGUAGUGCGGGAUGAGAACGAUAACGCACCCGUCGUGCUGCACCCAGCUCCCGAGAGCAGUGCAGCGACGGGUGAGCUGGUGCCGCGCUGGGCUCGGGCGGGCUACCUGGUGGCCAAGGUGGUGGCGGUGGACGCGGACGCAGGGCAGAACGCGUGGCUGUCGUACGAGCUGGCAAAGGCGACGGAGCCGGGGCUGUUCCGCGUGGGACUGCACAGCGGCGAGGUGCGCACGGUGCGGGCCGUGUCGGAGAGGGACGCGUCCCGGCAGAGGCUGGUCGUCCUGGUGCGGGACCAGGGAAAGCCGCCGCGCUCCGCCACGGCCACCCUCGGCAUUGCCCUCGUGGACGGCUUCUCCGACGCCCAUCUGCGAGUGAGCGAGGAGGUACCAGCCUCUGAGCCCGACGGGCCGCUGACUCUAUACCUCAUUGCCUCCCUGGUCUGCGUGUCGGCGCUGUUCCUGGCCACCGCGGCGGCCGCCGUGGCCGUGAAGGUGCGGCGGGCCAGGCAGAGUGAGGCAGAGUCCUUGCCCACGUUUCCGAAGGCUGCCACAGAUAGCAACGCGGGAUCCCUGCCCCGCAGCUACCUGUACGACGUCUGCUUCGCCACGGGGACCGUCAACAGCGAGUUUCGGUUCCUAAGACCCCUCUUACCCUGCUUCCCCGCCGGGCUGCCCGCCGGCCAGGGCGAACAGCGGAGCUCGGUGUGCUCGCAAGACGCGGCUAUCACCGGAGAGGGAGGGAACUGGUCUGCACAGGGCAGAGCUCCUCUCCCCGAAGAUGUGGGUCCCAGCCCCGCAGAAGCAGCCUACACUGCGAACAGGGGGAUGGAGCUAAAUGUCAGUUCUGAUCAAAACCCUUGGCUCACCCAGUAUCGACACAGGAACGAACGGGAAAAAGUCAUCCCACCGAACACCGUGGCCUUUGUCAGUGUGCGGGACGGGACCAGCACUGAGGAAAAACGAGCCGGCAGGACGCCGAGGCGAGAAACAAUGCCCCUGGCCAAGCCAACGGACUUACCGCUGUACCGCGAUGGGCUGCACAGUGGCGAGGUGCUCACGGCGCGGGCCGUGGCGAGGACGGACGUGUCCCGGCAAUGGCUGGCUGUGCUGGUGCGAGAGCAGGGACAAACGCCGCUUUCCACCACCACUACAUUAGGCAUAACGUUUAUUGACAGCUUUUCCGACACGUCCUUCAAGCUGUCUCUUGCUUCUGCGGGGCAGAAGCGCAGCUGCCCAGUCCCCGAGGAGGACCCAGUCAGGCCAGCCGGACUCUCACAGAGGAAGGGCGCAAGCCCACCGUUCCGACGCGCUGCUGCCGGGUGCCGCUUGCUGCGGACGACAGCACGGGCCAUCCCCGACACGGAGGCUGUCCACCGCCUCGCCAUGGCCACCGCAAGGCAAGUGCUCUGUCUCUGUGCUUUCCUCUUCCUGCCGCACGCUCGCCCCGAGCCCAUCCGCUACUCCGUAGCCGAGGAGAGCGAGAGCGGCUCCGUGGUAGCCAACGUAGCGGAGGACACGGGGCUGACCACGGCGCAGCUCUCGGCUCGCCGCGCCCGGCUGCUCUCGGAGGACGGCCGGCAGCACUUUCGCUUAGACCCGGCCACCGGCCGCCUCGUCGUGGCCGAAAGGCUGGACCGCGAGGAGCUGUGCGGCCAGUCCGCUACCUGCACGCUGCCCUUCGAGCUCCUGCUGGCAAACCCCGUGCAGUUCUUUCGGGUGGAGGUGGCCGUGGAGGACAUCAAUGACCACGCGCCCGUUUUCCCGAAGGAACUUGUCACCAUUAAAAUCCCAGAAAUGAGCAACCCUGGCUCUCGUUUCCCCCUGCAGGGGGCUCGGGACCUGGAUGUUGGCAGCAACAGCAUCCAGGCUUAUAGCAUCUCUCCUGACAAUGACUACUUUAGUGUCGCUUUUGGGAGUCAGUCUGAGGAUGCUAAGUAUAUUGAACUGGUCCUGGAAAAGCCACUCGACAGAGAGGAGCAGGCAGAGAUGGAUUUCAGUCUCAUUGCCAUAGAUGGGGGCUCUCCACCUAGGAGUGGGACCACCCAAAUCCACAUUGUCAUUCUAGAUGUAAAUGACAAUGCUCCCACAUUCACACAGAAGGUUUUCAUCGCACAGGUUUUGGAAAAUGCCCCGGAGGGUUCUUUUGUUCUCAGAGUAGAGGCAACAGAUCGUGAUACGGGAGUUAAUGGGGACAUCUCCUAUCAGAUCAGCCAAGCAGGAGACCAGAGCCACUCAGCAUUCGAGAUUGACUCCAGGAGUGGUGAAAUUAAACUCACAAAGCCUCUGGACUUUGAGACAGCAGAAAAUCAUAAACUCAGUGUUCAGGCCACAGAUGGUGGGGGCCUCUCUGCAAUCUGUAGAGUGUUGGUGGAAGUGGUGGAUGUGAAUGACAAUGCACCCGAGCUGGUGGUCAGUUCCUUCACUAGCCCUAUCCCUGAGGACACAUUGCCUGGGACAGUCGUUGCCCUGUUUACUGUCAGGGACCGAGAUGCUGGUUCCAAUGGGAAGAUCUCCUGUGCCCUUGAGGACCAGCUGUCAUUCUCCCUGCGGCCAGCCUAUAAAAAUUACUUUGAGCUUGUUACUGUGAGUGCACUGGAUAGGGAGGAGAGGGCAGAGUACAUCCUGACUGUCACAGCAGCAGACGCAGGAUCACCUCCUCUCACAACCACCCAGACCUUCACAGUGGACAUCUCUGACAUGAAUGACAAUGCCCCUGUGUUCAACCAGACAUCUUAUACUAUGUACGUACGUGAGAAUAAUGUUCCCACAGUGCUUGUUGGGACUGUCAGUGCUGUAGAUGCUGACAUGGGGUCUAAUGCCAAGGUGACCUAUUCUCUGAUCCCAGCCCACCCUACAGAGCAGCCUCCCUGCUCCUGCAUCUCUGUGAACUCUGAGAAUGGGGAUGUGUUUGUGCUGCGAUCCCUGGACUAUGAGCAAGUGAAGCAGAUCAAGGUCAUGGUGCGUGCUUCUGAUGCGGGGUCACCUCCUCUCAGUGCCAGUGUCGCUGUCUACAUUUCUGUGGUGGAUGAGAACGACAAUGCUCCACUGGUGCUGUACCCCUCACAGGACAGUAACCAUGCAUCCAGUGAGCUGGUGCCCAUUUCAGCUGAGGCAGGCUACCUCAUCACUAAAGUGGUGGCCGUUGAUGCUGACUCAGGGCAGAACUCAUGGCUCUCAUACCACCUGCUGAGGGCCUCUGAUCCUGGACUGUUUGUGGUGGGUGCCCAAAGUGGGGAAGUGCGACUGAGGAGAUUGGUGACAGAGAGAGAUGCUGUGAAGCAGAAGCUCGUCAUACUGGUGCGAGACAAUGGUCGACCGCCACUGUCAGCCACGGCAGCAAUGAGUGCACUGCUUCUCAAUGACUUCUCUGACGUGCGCCUAUCACACAGCAGCCUGGCCACAGAAGAGGAUGAGGGCAGCUCCCUGACAGUGUACUUAAUAAUUUCCUUGGUCUUCAUCUCACUCCUCUUCCUCGUGUCCACAGCAGCCUUCGUCAUUCGCAAGGUGUGCAAGAGAAAGGAGCUGAAGGAUGGGCAUGUGCUUUACGGUGCCAGCAAUUUACAGAGUGGCCUACCUGAGGCAGCUGCUUCAGGGACACUGCCCCAUGCCUAUUGCUAUGAGAUCAGCCUCACGACAGGCUCGGGCAACAGUGAGUUCAAGUUCCUGAAGCCCAUCCUCCCCAGCCUGCCACCACAGCUUCUUGCCACAGGUGGGGGUACCAACAGUGAGCAAGAUUUCCCAUGUGGCACUCUCACUGCAGAGGAUGUGGCAUGAAACAACCCUCAGAUGCUCUCUGCAGAGCAAUUCAAUAGUCUUUCCAUUAACUAGCAUGGUGUUGGCAGAGACAGAGGUUUCGCGUCUCAUGACAGGAAGGGGUUCCAGCUCAGACAUGUGGCAAUGGUGCCUCCAGAGUUAAUCUGUGUUUGCAAUUGUCAUCAUUGAUUUCUCUCAAAGAAUAUGUGAGAAAAUAUGUUCACUUCUUCUACAACAAUACUAAGAAAACCUAAG